CACCUUCGCCUGUUCCCAGCUGUAUGUCUGUGAGGACUGACAAUUCUCGGGAUAUACCACCGAAUUUCAAACAGGAGCCUCCCACUGACUCAAAUGUCCAGGAGGAAAGACCACCUUCGCCUGUUCCCAGCUGUAUGUCUGUGAGGACUGACGAUUCUCGGGAUAUACCACUGAAUUUGAAACAGGAGCCUCCCACUGACUCAAACUGUACCAGGCCAGGUGAAGUAGCCUGUGAUUUCUGCUUGGAGAAGAGAGAGAGAGCUGUGAAAUCCUGUCUGACCUGUGCUGCUUCAUACUGUGAAGCCCACAGCAGGCGGCACUACACUGUACCAGCAGUGCAAAAGCACAAACUGGUUGACACAUGUGGAGAUCUGGGAGAAAGAAACAGUCAACAGAAUGUUGAAGACUCAAAUGCAAAAGACUGGAAACCAGACACUGUUGAAGGUGCCACUAUCCUGAAAAAUGGGUACCAGAGUCAGCCUACAUCAGAAUACGUCCGCACCAGAACACUUGAAGAGCUGGUGUCUCACUUGGGAAUGAUGGAUUACCUGAGGGGAAAAAAAUUAAGCCUGUCUGCUAUUCUAGAGAUAAAUGAGAAAAACAUAAGCCGAACAGAAGAACCCAUUCAGUCCCUGAGUUCAGUAUGUUGGUGGUUUCUACAAAAAAUAUUUAGGGUGAAUGUAACGGCAAGAGAUGUUAGUUGCACCGAUAAUACAGCCAAGAAAGGAAACUCAGCUCAGGACUUUGACGAGGAUUUCAAUGAAUUAUGGGAGGCUGAAGCAAGUGAUGAUAACAUCAACCCUCUUGACCUGAUUACCGCUCUGUUCCUGUGCUCAGACGGCCUCCUUCAGCAGGAGAUGGCUUUAAAAAUGUCAGUGUGCCAGUUUUCGGUUCCACUGCUUCUUCCCAACUGUGAUACUCAGCAGUGCACGUUGAUGCUGUGGGCCUUGAGGGACAUUGUAAAGAGCUACAGACCACAUUCCCUGCUGGAGUCCAGAGGAUUUGAAGAAAACAGCAUUGUGCUCCUGGACCUUCCUAUGAUCUCUUUUGUUAGACUUGGAAAAAUCAGCAUGUCUAAGUCUCAUAUUCUAAACCAAGUGUUUAGCAAUCCACAGCAGUACCAUGACACAUUUGUUCACCGCAACAUGAAGAAUGGCAACAUCUCUCGCAAGGUUUCUAAUGGGAUGGUGGAAAUCAGCUGGUAUGUGCCUGGUGGAAAUAGUGACAUCUUUACUGAGCCUCUGGCUGUAGCUAAUCUUCGGGGUGACAUCAGUUGUCAUCAUACUGGCUUCAAAUUCCUCUGCCAAACAUCAGCAGCUGUCUUUGUGUUCAUUGAUGACUUCAAGGAGAACAUCAACUUACUGAAACCUCAAGACUCAAAGGCUCCUUUAUUCCUAGUCUGCAAUUCAGAGGAAAUUAGUAUUACUAAGAAUGACUUCAUGAACCGCAUUCAUGACAUGAAAUUUAAUACUAAUUUCAUUGUCAUGAAAGCGAAGCAGAUGAAUGAGGCUCAAUUUGUUGACAAACUUCGGUCAACUAUCAGACAGUCUGUUUCAAGUGACUGUGACAAAAUGAGCAUUGAGAAGAUGUCUGCUGUUGCACGUGAGCUUCAGAUCCUUGUGGAUGAAGACAAUGACCUUUGUCAGAAAGCAAAUCAGAAAGCUGAUGCUAUUACAGCUAGUAUCUCUGACAUUCCUAAGUACAAGCAGGACCAGCUACCAUUACAGGAGGAUAUCUUAAAGAAACUGGCUAAACUGGAGAAAGAGGAGUGCAGGCUAAAGAAUGCAGGAACAAAAAACAUUCAGAUGUACAGGAGUGAACUGAAUAAAAAUAAACAAGAACUCAGGAAACAGCAGGUCACCAAAGACAUUACACCUGCUGUAAAGAGUUUCAUCUCUGGUUUAUCAGCCUGCAAAGAGGAACGUGCCUAUUUCCUCAAGUGGAUGAGGAUCAAUCUGGAUAACCUUUCAAAGAAGCAUGUGUUAAUCCUCAAAGAGGAGUACAAGACUGUAUGUAAGAAGGAUGUAGAAAACAAGGAACUUAUACUGGACUUGGAAAACCAGAUGUCCUGUAGCUCCUUGGGCAUAGAACAUUUCCUGAGGGAACUGGGACAGCUCUAUGAGUCUGCCAUCUCCAUACCAGAACAUCCACACUCAAAACAGAAGAUGCAAAUGAUCAAGGAUCUACCUAAAGUCUGUGCUGAAAUGAUGCUGGAAGGAUUUCCGUUAGAGCUGGUGGAUGGAGAUGCUUCUUAUGUACCUCUGAAGUGGGUAUCUGCUGUGCUGAAUGAACUCCAUUCUAUGGAACAGGACUUGAAGAUCCGAGUCAUCACUGUACUGGGAGUUCAAAGCACUGGGAAAUCCACUCUUCUCAAUACCAUGUUUGGGGUGCAGUUUGCUGUCAGCAGUGGACGGUGCACUAGAGGUGCUUUCAUGCUGCUUGUCCGCGUAAAUGAGGAUUUUAGAGAACAGCUUGGCUGUGACUUCAUCAUGGUCAUUGACACAGAAGGGCUGAGGUCAGCAGAACUGGCCCAGUUGGCUGACAGUUAUGAGCAUGAUAAUGAAUUAGCUACACUACUGGUUGGACUUAGUGACCUCACAAUUAUAAAUAUUCCCAUGGAAAACUCCACAGAAAUGCAGGACAUCCUACAGAUUGUAAUCCAUGCCUUUCUCCGAAUGAAAGAAGUCGACAAAAAAACCCACUGCCUGUUUGUUCACCAGAAUGUGGCUGAUGUCGCUGCCCAUGAUAAGAACAUGAGAGACAGGAAGAUUCUUCUGGACCAACUCAACACCAUUACUCAAGCUGCAGCCAAAAUGGAGAAGGGUGAGGAUAAGAAAUUUACAGACAUCAUCGAAUACUCUGACAAGGACAAUUUCUACAUCCCCUCCCUCUGGCAAGGCUCCCCCCCCAUGGCCCCAGUCAGUGCAGACUACAGUGAAGCAGUGGUGCAGAUUAAAAAAUCUAUAAUGGACACAAUGAUAGAUCUAAAGGAAAAAAGACCUUCACAGACAGUGAUGGGGUUUCAUGAAUGGACCACCAGCUUAUGGCAGGCAGUGAAAUAUGAGAAUUUAAUUUUCAGUUUCCGCAAUAGCAUUGUAGCUGAAGCUUACAGUAAGCUGUGUGAGCAGUACAAUAAGUGGGACUGGGACUUUCGGAGAACAAUGCGUGAGUGGAUGGUAAAAGCAGAAAAUAAAGUGUUAAACUUUGGUACAAUGACCCAGAAGUCACAGCCAGCUGAGAACAUUGAGAACUUUCUGAUGAAGCAGAAAAAGGAGGCCACUGAUGAAUUAGUCAGAGCUGAACAGCAAUUGAAUGACAACCUGGCUAAAUAUUUUGAAAAGCCAGAGAAGCAUGUUUACCUGGUGGAGAGAUACAAGCAAGACUUUUUAAACAGUAUCAAAAGCCUGAGGCAGGAAACGGAGAACAAAAUGAUGAGAAGGUUAGAAGAACUUCAGAGCAUUAAAAAGGGGAGGAAUAAGCUGGAGAAGAUUAAGGAAAAUCAAGCUAAAAUGAUGAAAGAGAAAGUGUCUGAGUUACUUAAAAAAUUUAGGAAAUCCAAAAACACAUUUUCAGAUGAUCAACUGGAUAAAAAGUUUGAACAGAUGUGGAAUGAUGUUGUAAAUGAGCUGCCAUUCAGAAGCAUAGAGGAACAGAAUGUUAGUCAAGACAUUUACCUCAUGUUACAUAAAGACCUGGAGAACAGGGGCAGCUUGGCAAUGGAGAUUCUGUCAAAAGUCAGGAGUUUGGAGGAUUGUGGGAGAAAGGCUUUUGUUGUGGAAGAAACUCUUCUUAAAAAAAUUCUGCGGACAAUCAAAAUAAUCCGGUCACAAAAAAAACAGAGAAUAUCAGAAAACUUAAUUGUAAAAUGCUGCAGUUUUAUUAACAGUAAGGUUUUCCAGGCACCUCAAAUGGAUUAUGACAGCACCUAUGUCAGGGAAAUGUUGAUUAUGAUCAAUGACUGUGUUGAUCAUGAGGAGGAUCUGUCUAAAAAUGUAGAGUUGCAAACCAAUUUAAAGAUACACAUAUGUGGGAUUGCAGCAAGGGAAUUUAUACAAAUGCACAAGGACUUUAUCCAGAACAAUGAUCUACUUCUGUGCCUGGAGAAAGAUAAAGACCAGUACUGUGAAGAUAAGGAUCUCUAUCAUGAGAGAGAUCAGACUCAGAGAAAAGCAGAGGAAUUCACCAAGAAAGGUGUUGACCUGGAACCUUCAGUCAGGAAGUACAUCACCGACUACCUGGGCUCAGAUAUUCUGGAGAAAAUGAAGUCCAGAGAUAGAUCACUGAAAUUCAGCACCCGCACCUUUUUCCAGUACUCCAUUCUCCAACAGCUGCGUGAAGAUCCAUAUGAGAAAUUUCUAAAGUUUAUUACAAAUCAUGAAAAAAUUGCCAAGGAUUGGAUUGUUGCCGAAAUAAAAACUACCUUCUCAGAAAAAUACUGUGGAUUAUCAACUUUGCAGAUUAAGUGCUUAGAAGAAAUUGUGUGGAAUAUAAAAACAACUAUUCAGGAAGAAAUGAAGAAAGGGAACAUGAGGGAGCAAAAUGUUCAUCAUUUCAUUGAUAACAUCCACAAGCAUUUGGAUGACAAACUCAUUAUUUCCCCUGAUGCUUUGAAUAUAGUCCAGACCUUGAACAAUGCCACGAUAGAGCCAUUUGCCAAUUGGCUAAAAUUAUAUGUAGUUGAUAUGAAGCAGUUCCUGAUUUCAGAGUUCCAGAAGGAUGAGGACAUUAGUGCCAAACUUGAGAAGUUGCCCCUCAAACCCCAGGAUGAGCUCUUCAGCAGGGUGUUUGGCUGUGGGGAGAUGUGUCCAUUCUGUAGGGUCCCAUGUGAAGCUGGAGGUGAUAAACAUGAAACUCACCAUGCCUCAAUUCAUCGCCCUGAAGGAAUCGGACAAUACAGAUGGGAAACUACUGAUAUCUUAUGUACAGAAAUUUGUUCAUAUUUAGUUGCUAGUGAAGUAAAAUUCAAGAAUAGCAAAACUAAUGGAGAGUGGGUUCCCUAUAAGGAGUAUAGGAGCAUUUACCCUGAGUGGCACAUACAGGCUGACACCAGCAUCAAGGCCUCAGACUAUUGGAAGUACGUCUUUGCACAGUUCAAUGAUCGGUUUGCAGAGGAAUAUUGUGCAAAGCCAGCAGAGCUACCGUCAGACUGGCUUCUGUUGGAAAAAGAAGAUGCAAUGAAAUGCUUGGAUAAAGAAUUCAAGUUCACUUCUUAAAGUGGUCAGUGAGAGAAAAAUGGGGAAGAGAGUGUGUCAGCUGAAAUUACUCAGAUUCACUGUCAAAGAGAUUUUUUUAUUUUAGGUAUGAAUUUUUGGAUUUUCAGAACAUUAGCUUAUCCAUAAUUUUUCAAAAUUAGCAACUGCGACAGGGACAAUGCUUAGACCUGGAAUGUGAUGAUAUUUAAAUUACAGGAAGAGCUGCUUGCUUAGAAAACUAUAUUAUAAAUUCAUUAUACAUUAGUAGUCACCUUUUUUUUUUUAAUCUCAUGAGUGUUUAUAGUGUGCUUAUUUUAUACUUAUUUUAUAUACACUACCAGUCAAGAGUUUUGGCACACAUUGAAAUAUUCUAUAUUUGCAUGUUACUCACUUAAAAUUCACUCAAUAUUAUUUAGUAACAAAUAAAUUUACAUACUCUGUCCAUGUUAUAAAGGAAACUUUUUAAUUGACUCAUUUUCAUUUAUAGUUGUUCAUUCAACUUUCCAAUGCUUAACAAGAAUAAAAAAAAUCUUCAGUUUAUGAAAUAAAUGGAAAAGUGGUAAGAAACCUCUAUUGUGCAAAAACUUUGACUGGUAGUGUGUAACACAAAAGGAACUUUUCUGAAAUCUCUGAGGAUCAGGUUACUGUGAUCCAUUCUUCUGGGUCCCCUGCUUAGAUAACCAUGUAUGUUGACUAUUUCUAUCCAGUUCUGUAAGCUAACUAAUAAAAAAAAAUCUGCUUUUCA